UAUUCUGUACUAUUCACUCAGGACCAGUUCAGAAUUCUCUAGAACCACACCUAACCUCCAAACUAAAUCAAGUGGCAUCAGAUUUUUCUUUUUUUUUUUUUCCUGCCAUUUUUACUGUCAAAGUGACUUUGCCAAACGGCCUGUAAAGAUCCCUCAUAUUCCCCAAAGAUGUACCGAGUACCCAGUGCCAUGCGUUCUGUGGCCCUACGCAGGUCCCAGCAAAUCAACCAAGUGCAAAGGUGGUACGCCAAAGAUGUGAGGUUCGGACCCGAGGUUAGGGCUCUUAUGCUCCAGGGGGUGGACGUUUUGGCCGACGCCGUUGCCGUCACCAUGGGUCCAAAGGGUCGUAACGUAAUCAUCGAACAGUCGUGGGGUUCCCCGAAAAUCACCAAGGACGGCGUGACGGUCGCGAAAGGCGUCGAACUAAAGGACAAAUUUCAAAAUAUCGGCGCCCGAUUGGUCCAAGACGUGGCCAACAACACGAACGAGGAAGCGGGAGAUGGAACCACCACAGCGACCGUAUUGGCCCGUUCGAUCGCCAAAGAGGGUUUCGACAAUUUGGGUCGGGGCGCGAACCCCGUCGAGAUUCGUAAGGGCAUCAUUUCCGCCGUCGAAAAGGUGACGGAAACGUUGAAAACGUUAUCGAAACCGGUCACCACUCCGGAGGAGAUUUGUCAGGUGGCGACGAUUUCCGCCAACGGGGACACGAGCGUCGGUAAUUUGAUCGCCGACGCGAUGAAGAAGGUCGGCAAGGAGGGCGUGAUCACCGUAAAAGACGGUAAAACGUUGAAGGACGAAUUGGAGGUGAUUGAGGGCAUGAAGUUUGACCGCGGGUACAUUUCGCCGUAUUUCGUUAACACGACCAAGGGGGCGAAGGUGGAGUAUCAGGACGCGUUGCUGUUGUUUAGCGAGAAGAAGAUCUCUUCGGUGCAGAGUAUCGUGCCCGCUUUGGAGUUGGCCAACUCGCAAAGGAAACCGCUCAUUAUUAUCGCCGAGGAUGUCGACGGAGAGGCUUUGACCACUUUGGUUGUUAACAGACUCAGGAUCGGACUUCAAGUAGCCGCCGUAAAAGCCCCCGGUUUCGGUGACAAUCGUAAAUCGACCCUGCACGACAUGGCCAUCGCUUCCGGUGGGAUCGUAUUCGGCGACGACGCGGACAUUGUCAAAUUGGAGGACGUGAAAGCGUCAGAUUUGGGACAAGUCGGUGAAAUCGUCAUCACUAAGGAUGACACUUUGUUGCUGAGAGGUAAGGGCAAAAAAGAGGACAUUGACAGACGCGCGGACCAAAUCAGGGAUCAAAUCAACGACACCACGUCGGAAUACGAAAAGGAGAAAUUGCAGGAGCGUCUCGCACGUUUGGCCUCUGGUGUGGCGGUACUUAAAGUGGGCGGAAGCAGCGAAGUUGAGGUAAAUGAAAAGAAGGACAGAGUGACUGACGCGUUGAAUGCGACCAGAGCGGCCGUAGAAGAGGGAAUCGUGCCCGGAGGUGGUACCGCUUUGCUCAGGUGCUCCGCCAGUUUGGACACGUUGAAGGCGCAAAAUAAGGAUCAAGAAAUUGGUAUCGAAAUUGUAAAACGCGCCCUAAAAAUCCCGUGCAUGACUAUUGCAAAGAACGCGGGUGUCGACGGUGCUGCCGUGGUGGCCAAGGUCGAACAACAAAGCGGAGACUACGGUUAUGACGCGUUGAACAACGAGUACGUCAACAUGUUUGAGCGGGGCAUCAUUGACCCAACGAAGGUGGUGAGGACAGCUUUGGUAGAUGCCUCCGGUGUAGCCUCCUUACUGACGACAGCCGAGGCGGUAAUCACGGAAAUUCCAAAAGAAGAACCGGCGAUUCCGACGGGCAUGGGCGGCGGAAUGGGCGGUAUGGGAGGCAUGGGCGGCAUGAUGUAAACCGACUUAAGGCGAUAGAUGCCAACCAAAUUUUGUAGUCUUCUAUAGGGAAGACUAUACCCGUGACUGUGACUCGUAGCUGUGUUGUCAAAAAAAUUGUUUUAAAUCUUUUGGCCGCGGCGAUUAUUAUUAUUAUUAAUAAUAUUAAUUAAUAGUGUUGUGCCUGGAUGUUUUUAUCGUGGCAUCAUCAUCAUCUGUAGAAAGAACCAUGUGAAAUUUCACAGUUGAUAAAAAAAGACUUGCAAGGUUGUUAUUACGUAGGGAGGGAGGGAGUGCGCGCGCAUCUACUUUUCGGAAUAUGAUUCUCGAUCUGAAAUGCAUUUAUUUGUUUCAUGUAAACGUUAGUAAAGGGGGUUUUCAGUUUUUAUAUACGAUGUGCAAAUUGUUAUGAAUAUAUUUGUUAUAAUUUUUUAA